AUUUACUCGUACCUUUAAUAGAGAACAUUAAUGUGUUUAUUAAUAGGGACCGCUUUGUACAUUUAAGUGAAAUAGCCAAAAGCAUACCCCACGGUGUGGAUAACGCUACAGUUCCGCUGAAUGGCCGUUCGCCUACCAGCCGUUUGCCUGUCGGUUUAAAGCGUGCUCUAGGGCUAUACAGUUAUUGAGCUGAUUGCGUGACGUCACAGGGAUGUUGUGAGAGUUACUUGGCGCUCACGUCAUUCCGCUCACUCCCAGCCGCAGAGCAGGUUCUUCGCUACUAGAAACACAUCUCUGCUGUCCUCCAUAUACCGAGACAAUGGAGAACUUUAUUUUGUAUGAAGAAGUUGGAAAAGGCAGCAAGUCCAUUGUAUACAAAGGCAGAAGAAAAGGGACUAUUAACUUUGUCGCAAUACUUUGCAUUGAUAAAAGCAAAAGAGCUGAAAUAACAAACUGGGUACGUUUGACCCACAACAUAAAGCAUAAGAAUGUAGUUAUGUUUUAUGAGUGGUAUGAGACCAGUAACCAUCUGUGGCUUGUCGUGGAGCUCUGCACAGGUGGGUCGCUAGAAACGGUCAUUACACAGGACGACCAUCUACCAGAAGAAACAAUAAGAGAAUUUGGCAUUGACCUAGUUUCAGGAUUAAAGCAUAUCCAUGAACUUGGAAUUGUCUUCUGUGAUCUUACUCCUCGAAAGAUCCUCCUUGAUGGCCCUGGCACUUUAAAAUUCACAAACUUCAGUUUGUCCAAAGCAGAGGGAGAAAACCUAGAAGAGUUUUUUGCAAUGAUUGGGUCAGAGGAGCAUUCUAGUGAUGUUGGGGAAUCUACUCCCAGACGAAUCUUGAGAAACAAAAUAAAAGGUUCUCCUGUUUACGUAGCUCCAGAAAUAAUCAAAGGAGCAGAUUUCUCCAUCGCUAGUGAUCUGUGGUCCUUAGGAUGUGUGUUAUAUGAGAUGUUUACAGGUCGGCCGCCAUUUUUCUCUGAAAGUUUCUCUGAACUUAUUGAGCAGAUUGUAAGCAAAGACUUCCCUCCACCUCAAGGGCCAUCAGCUGCCAAGCCAUCAGCCGACUUCCUUGAUUUACUUAAUGCCUUACUUCAGAAAGAUCCUCUCAAGCGAAUGACUUGGAAAGAUUUACUUUGCCAUGCAUUUUGGAAAGAUGCAUUCGCUGGAGUAAAUUAUGUUCCAUCAGCAAGUGAGUCUGCACUGCCUGAUGGCACAAAUGAAGAGCUUGGAACAGUUGAAAGUCAGCACAAGUCAUUUAUGAAUGAAAAUGUAGCAGAUAUCAGGCCUAAAAGUGCCCUGGAUGGAGAAUCAAAUGAGUCCAUUUUCCUUCUAAGCUCCUGUGUAACCCCUAGAGCCAGCACUGCAGUAGAAGUAAGCAAAAAAACAAGUGACCCUGCCAGUGAAGUGAUGCAGAAGAAGACAUUUCCCAAGGCAGAAAAUGUUUAUUCUGAUAAACAGGAUGUAGAGCGUAAAAUUAAGGCCCUCAUCUUCACGGAUACAGAUCUUGCUGUGACACCUAUUAUAGAUAAUCCAAAGAUUAUGAAGCUAUCGCCUGUUCGAUUUGAUGCAAAGUCAUUGAGCUUUCCUGCACACUCUGCUGAAAAGCUCGCAUCUCUGAAAGACCAAGACUGGGAUUCGUUCUUGAAUCAGCUCUUCUCGGCAAUGGACUCUGCGGAAAAGGCUCAGCCUCGAGCCAAGCUUAAUUUGCUCUGCUAUAUAAACACGCUCUGCAUUCACAAAGAAAUUGCCACCAGGCUAAUCAACUCACAGCUUUUUCCUUCUCUGAUCCAGCAGCUGCGAAUGGCACCAAACUGGGAUAUACGAGCCAAAGUGGUGAAAGCAAUUGGUUUGCUGGCUGCACAUACAACUCAUCUGAAAGAAAGUGUGCCUGUGAUAGAGGCAAUCACCUUACUGACUGAGCUGAUUAGAGACAAUUUCAGGAAUAGCAAGUUAAAGCAGUGUCUCUUGCCAUCCCUUGGAGAGCUUAUUUAUGCCGUUGCUAUUCAAGAGGAGAAAUGCGAGCACUCCGGAGAGAGCUGGGCCAUUCCCUUGGCUGCUUACACUGUGCUAAUGAGGUGCCUUCGGGAAGGGGAAGAGCUAGUUAUACAUCAUUUGGCUGCAAAAAUAGUUGAAAAUGUCUGCACAACAGUCACUCCUCAUGUUCAAGGAUUUAUUACUGGAGAGAUUGGACCUGCGCUGUGGUAUCUUUUUACCCAUUCUACCGUUGAUUCUCUCCGCGUCACAGCGAUAUCGGCAUUAUGUCGAAUUACUCGUCACUCCCCUACCGCCUUCCAGAGUGUCAUUGAAAAGGUGGGACUUUUGUCUGUGACAAACACCUUGGUGACAGGAAUAGCCAAAGUCCAACAGUACAUGUUGACCAUGUUUGCAAUGAUGAUGUCUUCUGGAAUUCACCUUCAGAGGCUUACUCAAGAAAAGGAGUUUGUUACCAAAAUCGUCAGGCUGUUGGAAAGCCCUUCUACAGCAAUCCGAGCCAAAGCUUUUCUGAUUAUUUUACAAAUUUUAAUCCACAACAAAGAGAUGCUUCUGCUAUGCUGCCAAACAAGACUGGUGAUGUACAUUGAAAGAGACAGCCGGAAAACCGCACCAGGAAAGGAGCAGCAAAGCGUCAACGAAUACCUGUCAGUAUGUCUGGACCUCCUCAUCCAUCACGUAGUGCGGCAGCUGCCGGGGAUUCUGGGUGAUAUUCUGAGUGCAUUGUCUAAUGUGUCUGGACGGAAGCAUCCAUCAACUGUGCAGGCUAAACAGUUAAAACAAUGCCUCCCUAAUAUGGCUGUACUGCUUCAUCUUGUCACAUCCCAGGUAUUUCGGUCACAGGUUAUAACCGAGGACUUUCUCUACAGCUUUGGAACUUUGCUAGACCAAAUUAAAUGUGUGGACGCUGGUGAGACUAAUUUGGAAGGAGCAGUGGGUCAAGCUGCAUCAGAUGAACUGAUCAGGACAGCUCUAUCAGCGUUUGAAGCAGUAACACAGCAUCCAGUCUUGUUGACACUUCACCACUCCCCAGUUGUGGACUACAUCCUCCCACCUUUAGCUUCCUUGGUAUCCAGCCAGAAUGUGGAAUGGAGGCUCUUCAGUUUGCGGCUUCUUGCUGAAACCACAUCACUGCUUGUGAACCACGAAGCUAUGGCCAAGGGGAGAGAGAAAGUCCUUACAUCAAAUAGCACAUUCUUGUGCUUGGUCAAAAAUGCUUUGCUUCCACAAUAUGACCAAAUUCUACUGGAAGCAGAUCCCGUCCCAGUGUACGCCCUAAAACUCUUGGUGCCUCUGACCGAAUACAGUCCAGGUUUUGUCAGAGUACUUGAAGAAAACAAGCUUGUUCCAGUGCUGUUUCAAGUGAUUUUGAUGCAUCAAGACAAUAUGCUGGGUAAUGUAAUCCACAACGUUAUCUUGUUAUUAUACAACCUGCUGGCCCAGAAAGAUACAAAUAUGAAGCUUCUCUAUGAACAAGGGUUGGUCCAUCAUAUAUCAAACAUGAUAGUAGAAACUACAGCUUUGUACCUUGAAGCAGAGGAUAAAAGUCGACUUAAGAUAGCACACACACACCUUCUGCUUCUACUCGAUAUAUUGCACUGCAUGCUAAAAUACACAUCCGGUGUGGUGCGAGUGGUUAUUCAGGCUCAAAAGUCAGGACAAGGAAGAGAUACACAGACAGCAGAGGACCUUUUACUAUUGAAUAAACCUCUAACAGACCUUAUUAGCCUCCUCAUUCAGCUGCUGCCAUCUGAAGAUCCAGAAAUGUAUGAGAACUCAUCCCAGUGCUUAUCAUUGAUGAUCCAAUUGUAUGGUGGAGACAACCAAGACAGCAUGUCCAAAGACAACAUGGAGAGCUUUGCUCAAGUAUUACUUUCCAAGAGACAGCCUAAGCAGCAAAAGCUACUACUGAGAGCAAUCAAAAGACUGAUAACAUCAAAUGAAAAGCAUUUAGAAAGUAUGAAGACGGAUGGGGAUAUUAUGAUCCAUACUCUUAAAAGACUUUGUCAGGAUUCCAGCCUGAACACCGAUGCUGCUGUGGCGUCUCUGGCACUUGAAGUCCUGAACACAGUUGGACAUUGACAGAUGGCUCAACUAUCCAGCAGCAAUCAAAAUGUUUACUUGCGAACGGAUUGCAGCUCAUUUCCAUAUGACGUCUUUUUCCAAAUCCGCACAAUGUGUUAAUAUUAGUAGUUUAAUUUGGAAAAACUAAACCAUAAAACGUUUUUGUAUAAAGCUAUGGGAAACACUGUAUUUUAUUACAUAGGUGAUCUUCUGGAAUAGGA